AUGGAGCCUUGUGCCCCUGUUGAAGGCAGUUGGUCGGGAUGUCUUGGGGUCCCAUGCCGAAGACUCACUGGGUAUGUGGGGCGUCCAAGCUCUGAAUCCACCGACCCCGUCGAUGCAAUGACGCAUUUCUCGAGAAGCAGAAAUGCAACACAAGUCAUUCAGAAGUUGCGCUUAGGGCGCUGGAGAAAGGUUCAGGCGGUCUUUGAGGAAAUGCGGGCUUUGCAGACGGAAGUCAAUGUGAUCCACUGCAGUGCUGCGAUCUCAGCGUUGUCUGGGCAAUGGCCGUUGGCAUUAGCUUUCCUCGAGCUGGCCGUAGCCCUUGCAUCGGCUCAGGGCGAUGCUGACAGUGUCAGCUUUAAUGCAAUGCUGGGUGUGUAUGCCAAGAACUCGAUGUGGCAGGCGGCGCUGGCGGCCCUGGCCUUGUGGAUCAAAGAAAGUGUUGACGUUGACGUCGUCGGAUUCAGCACAGCCAUGCGUGCAUGUGAGCAGGCUAGCUGCUGGAUCGUUGCAUUGGAAAUCCUCGAUGAGAUGUUUGCUUCUAUGACGAGACCCAACGCAGUCACCUACAGCACGCUCGUCAGUGCCUGUGGCAAGGCCGCAGAGUGGGCUGCAGCAUUUGCCUGCUUGGAUCACAUGGAGAGGAGAUCUUCGGAGCCCAACCUCAUCACCCUGAAUGCAGGGGUUACAUCUUGUGACAGAGGCUUGCAGUGGCAAGUGGCCUUGGAAUUUACAUCAUGGCUUGGCAGCCACUCUGCCAAGCCAGAUGAUAUUACCUGCCGAGCUUCCAUGAGUGCAUGCCAGAAGGUUGGGCGAUGGUCCCAAACCCUUUCCUUGCGUCAGCGUGGAGCUGAAGAAGGUUUCAAACUGGGGGAGAUUGGUUGUCGCUCGGCCAUCGAUGCUUGCAGCGCCUGUGCGUGGCGAUUGGCCUUGGGGCUUUUUGCUGGCUCGCUUUCCGCGAGGCUUCAUGGGCUUGACACCGCUGGUGCUUCCGAUCAAGAGCACUUGGGUACAUCCAUGGCAUUGAGUGCCCUUAUCUCGGGCGACUUGCCAUGGCAGGCGGUCGUGGAUUUGCUGCAAAGUCUAUGCCGCAGAGCCGUCCGGCUGAACGACGUGUGUGUCAACUCUGGGGUGAGCACGUAUGCUGCGCACCGUUGGGACUUGGCCUUGCAAGUGGUCCGAGAGCUGAAGUUCAACAGUUUCAAUUGGAAUGCUGCUAUUGCGGCAUGCCAGAGAGCCAGCCAGUGGCAGCGCGGCUGCUGGAUGCUCCUUGUGCCAGGGGUUGAUGUGGUCGGCUUCAACGCAGCCUUGCAAGAUCUGGAGAAGUGGCGGCACGCCCUAUGGAUCUUCGGUGAACUGUCUUUGCGCAGCCUUCGGAAAACCGGCAUCAGUUUCAAUUCGUUGGUUGCUACGUGUGAGACGACCCGGCAGUGGGCUCUGGCGCUGCUUGCUUUGAGCCUGCGAGACAACAUGGAGCUGACAGCUGUGUCGUGCAAUGCUGCUCUCAGUGCUUGCGAGAAGAGCAGCUUUUGGGAACACUCCUUGCUGUUGCUCUCGAGUUCACAGGCCUGGCUGUCCGCAGACGUUUUCAGCUUCAGCGGUGCGAUCAGUGCUUGCGAGAAGGCAUCAACUUGGCAGACGGCACUCCGCCUCCUGGCCGACAGCGCCCACAGCCGUGUGCGCGGUAAUGUGAUCUGCUCCAAUGCAGCGACCAGUGCCUGUGAAGGAGCGGGGCAGUGGCGGUCGGCUCUUCUAAGCUUUUGUGGUCUUCGGCAUCAUGCCUUAGAGCCGGACCUUCUAAGCCACAGUGCAGCCAUGAGCGCCGUGGAAAAGGCAGGCAAAUGGCAGCUGCCGACCUUGAUCCUGCGGGAGAUGCCCUGUCGCGGCCUGCAAGCAGACGUCAUAUGUUGUCAAGUCGCCAUCACUGCCUGCGAGACAGCGGAGGUUUCCCGGAGCAGGCAACUGUAUUCCUGA